AUGUUGGACUUGGACAAUAUAACACUAGUCGAGGCUUUGGUAUCAGGGACCAUCAGCUAUGAUGAUGCCUUCAAUGUUUCUGCCUUAUCCGAAAUUUCUACAGACGAUGUAGAACGCAAGCAUCGACGUGUAGUGCACCACCGGCGGCUUCCCUUCUCCUCCUUUGCUUCUAACCUGUCCGACGUGGCCCUUCCUGCUUCUUUGGACUACCGCUAUAGCGACGCGAAUCCCUACGGCGUGGUGGCAGUCACAUCGGUCAAAUAUCAGGGCACCUGCGGGAGUUGUUGGGCAUAUGCCACCAGUGCCCUUGUCGAGGGUCAAAUUGCUCUGCAGCAUGCCGAAGAUUUCGGGGACGGUAAUCAUGAUUUCACCACCACGGACGGCAGCACUCGCCACGGCCCCGGCGCUUUGUUCACAAAAAGUCUCUCUUCCCAGCAACUCGUUGACUGCGCCGACCAGAACACGGGGUGUGAAGGCGGGACCGUAAGCGACGCCUUCUCGUACAUACAUGACCAUGGCCUCCGAACCUUCUCCUCCUAUCCGUCCACCCAAAUGCAAGCUUCUUCAAAAGGCACUCUAUUUCUUCGGACCCCUGGCCGUCCAUGUCAAAUCCAACUGUCCCGCCUUCCUCGCCUACGCCUCGGGGAUCUUCACCCCUGA